AUGGAAGUCCAAGGACCCCUCCUAGCCCGCGUGCCCCGCAGAGACGAGAGUGCCCCUAGGAAGCGAAAGCAGACGGCACGUGUGACGAUACCGAUUGAGCAGUGUGGGUGGAACUCAUUGUGUCGCGGCCACGACGCAGGCCAACACCUGAGUGGAGCACACCAUCUGCGUGAGCACGUCGAAAUAGUUUCGUGGCAGACAGCACAGCAGCACAGACUAUUCUCUCAUCACAUCGAAGGAAGUAAGAAGGUGCUUUCGACGGUUGGAAGGGACGUCGAGGCCGAAGAUGGUGCUGGAGGCCCAUCGUCCUGUACGAGCACGAUUGCUGAACGAAUAUUUGCUUAUUUACGUGCCGAUUACGAGGAUAAGUUUCGAGCCCAAGUGAAACAGACCGAAGGGAAAAGCAAGAAGCUAAAAAAGCUACUGGACGAGCAUGAAAUUAAGGCUAUACAUAGUAUAAAUCGUGAUAAAUUGACUUCGGGUUCGUUCGGCUGUGGAUGUCAUUCUGAAAAGGCAAUUUCAAUUAGUACUUCUGUAGAAUUUGGCAUCAGGAUUAGGAGGUUAAAGAUGUUUGUUUUUAUGAACCUCUAAAACCAAAUCGAAAAAAAAGCACGAAGUAACCGGAGAAGACAUGCUUCGCCUUGUGCUGUGUGAAAUGCCAAUGCCACAUGCAGCCGCUUCAGCUAGUACAGCACCCGUACAAACAGCCAUCAAGGCUUCAUCCAAGGCUAGGAAGAGCAAGACUACCGCUCCACAUCCUGAAAUUCCAGUCGAUUUCCUCGAUCAUCUUCCUAGUGGUUUGCCCUUCACAAUGCGUCAACUGAUCGAAGAGAAUCACGAGUUUGUGAUGGGCCGCGGGAUGGACGUCUUUCGCACUCUCGCGGCAGUGGUGUGUCUCAACAUCAAGCAACGGCGCACACUUCAGCAGAUGGUUGAUUGCGCUAUCAAGGACGAAGCCGAGGCUGACGCAAAAGAUGCCCUUGCGGCUGGGUAUGC